AUGAAGAAGAAUGGAAGUCGUAUGCUGAAGGAUUUUGGAAGAGGUGGAAUUGGCAAACCACGUAUAUAUAGAUUUACGUUAGUUGAUGUUGGUGCAUACGGUGGUAACAGCGAUGGCGGAAUUUUUAACGAUUCAUUAAUUGGGGAAAAUUUAAAAAAUGAAAACUUAAAUCUACCAAAGGAAACAUUCAAAUUACCUGGAAGUCAAAUCUGUACACCAACUUUUUUAUUGGCAGACGAUGCUUUUGCAUUAAAUACGAGAAUUAUGAAGCCAUAUACCGGAAGAAAUUUAAAUGAAGAACAAAAAAUAUGCAAUUAUAGAUUUUCUCGAGCUAGGCGAACAGUCGAAAGCGCCUUUGGAAUAUUUUCUAAUAGAUGGAGAAUAUUUCGACAAUCCAUUUGUAUGCUGCCAAAAACAGCCGAUUUGAUAACAACAGCAUCGCUCUGCUUACAUAAUUUUGUAAUGGUUGAAGAAGAACGCUGUAAACUAAAGUUAUACAGCACAACUGAAUUUCUUGAAAACGAUAGAAAUAAUCAGGAUAUGCAGUGGUUGUCUUUUUCGGAAAACCUAUGUUAUAAUGAACCCGUAUCUUCUGCUUCGAAACAAAGAGACACAUUGUGUAAAUAUUUCAUAUCACCUGAAGGAGAAGUACCGUGGCAAUACGAUUACGUGCGAAGAGGUACAUAUGGUGAAAAUAUUUAAUAAUAUAAAAAUAAUGGUUUCUAUACACAUACAUUUAA